CUUUGAUCUACGCCACUCCAGCACGCCACGUCCAAUCGCUAUCAACUACAACUCGAGACACUUUUCUGUUGGAUGCACUGAAAUUCCGCGAUAUCUCAAAUUCGACAACCAACGCAGCAGUGUCCUGAGGGAUCAGGACGCGAACGUCCGGCCGAUCGCCUACGCUAACACCUCAAACCUCCUCCCCACGCUACCUACACAAUGGACGUCGUCCCUUCCACAUCGCCCGACGAGGCCGUGCGCCUGUCCGCAAAACGGACCGCUGAGCUGUUCGGCUCCGACUACCUCAUGGUCACACCCUCGGUCGUCAACGGCUCCAUCGGCCUUUCGUACCGACGCAAAGCAGAAUACGAAGACGUCAAAGAAUUGCCCCCCGCCCUCGCCGAGAAGCAAGCCGCUGCCGCUGCGGCCGCUGCCAGCGGACGCGCCAAACGACCUAAGAUCCAAGCACAGACAAAAGCCUCUGCGGCCGACGGCAGCGGCGCGUCAAUGGCGUUGGUCAAGAAAGCCCCCGGGCCGGCGGCGGGCGGUGUUGGCGGCGAGAACGAACCUAAGAGUCUGAUCCAGCGACCAUCGGCGACGCGACAACAGAGACCCGACUGGCAUGCGCCGUGGAAGCUCAUGCGCGUCAUCUCCGGCCACCUGGGUUGGGUGCGGAGCUUGGCCGUCGAGCCCAACAACGAGUGGUUCGCCAGUGGUGCGGGUGACCGGACGAUCAAGAUCUGGAAUCUGGCAACCGGCGCCCUCCGUCUAACUCUCACCGGUCACAUUUCCACCGUGCGCGGUCUGGCCGUCUCCCCGCGCCACCCAUACCUCUUCUCCUGCGGCGAGGACAAGAUGGUCAAGUGCUGGGACCUGGAGACCAACAAGGUCAUCCGCCACUACCACGGCCACCUGAGCGGCGUCUACACCCUGGCCCUGCACCCGCGUCUCGACCUCCUCGUAACCGGUGGUCGUGAUGGCGUUGCUCGCGUCUGGGACAUGCGCACGCGGAGCAACGUCCACGUCCUGUCCGGCCACCGCGGCACCGUCGCGGACGUGAAAUGUCAAGAAGCCGACCCGCAGAUCAUCACGGGCUCCCUGGACUCGACCGUACGGCUGUGGGACCUGGCAGCGGGCAAAUCGAUGGGCGUGCUGACGCACCACAAGAAGGGCGUGCGCAACAUCGUCACGCACCCGCGCGAGUUCACCUUCGCCAGCGCCAGCACCGGCUCCAUCAAGCAAUGGAAGUGCCCCGAGGGCGAGUUCAUGCAGAACUUCGAGGGUCACAACGCCAUCAUCAACACCAUGGCCGCCAACGAGGACAACGUCCUCUUCUCCGGCGGCGACAACGGCUCCAUGUGCUUCUGGGACUGGAAGACCGGCUACCAGUUCCAGAGCAUCGAGUCCACCGCCCAGCCCGGUUCUCUCGAGGCCGAGGCCGGCAUCAUGUCCUCCACCUUUGAUCGCACCGGUCUGCGCCUCAUCACCGGUGAGGCCGAUAAGACCAUCAAGAUCUGGAAGCCAGAUGACGAGGCCACCCCCGAGUCGCAUCCCGUCACUUGGGCUCCCACCCUCGGUCGGCAGAGAUAUUAGGGCCCUUGCACAUAUCUCGCGCAGGGAUCAAUCGUGCUACCUCUUCUUUGUUCCUGUUUCUCUCCUACAUCUCCUCAAAUACCCCCUUCCCGACCUUGAUAGCUUUCGUGGAUGCACACCCCCAUUCACAAGUAUCGAAUGUGAACAAAUCUAUAUCUUUUUACGCUACGGUCAGCACCUUGAGGCAGUUAUGGAUCUCAUUUUCUGGGGUUUUGGAAUGCAAUAUGGAGUUCAGCGUUUCGUGGCUUUUGUCCUGGUAUCUUUUCGAGUUAUUGGGGUUUCAUGUCUGUUUUUCCCCUAAAGGCUCAUAAAAGGACUUUGUUCAUGGCUGUAUACCGAUGUAUAAUAG